AUGAUCGCUCACUGCAGGAAGUUCGACGAGACGGAGUUCAUGGAGAAUCCCUACAUCAAAGGUGGCCCGCGGAAAGCAUGGGAUCCAGUGACGGGCAUGGACACCUCAAAAUCUGAAACGCAGGCAACGACCGGAGGACAAGCUGGGAAGGCCACCACCAACCACACCCAAGCAGCCGCGAAAGGGCCACAACAAGGCCAUUCUCCACCAGAGAACCGCGGCUCUGGCUCUGGCUCUGGCAGAUACCCAAGCACGCAAGGUUACAAGGGAAACCGGUACGACGCGGCGUACAAGGACCGUGGCAGGCGUGAUCAUAGAGGAAGGAACUCGUAG